ACACACACACACACGCGCGCGCUAGAGGAAACCCCAUCAGCUGUGGAAAGAAACACAGCUCGAAUUUACUUUUCGCUUCUCUUUCCCUCGUUCUCAGACUGGAAUCCAUAUAUCGGGUGUUUAGGAGUUUCAAAGAGCGAAGGACGCGUUCAGAGUGUUGUGAUACAAAGGAGAAACCAAAAUAGUUUAAACGGGGACGCGAAUAGGAAGGGGGAGAAAACAGUAAAAGCGGACUACAGAAGGUGGCUUUGAAAGCAUGGACUAUGUCAGGAUGCCGACAGAGAAGAUAACAUCCCUGCAGCACUUCAAACGGACGGAGAAGGAUGUUAUCGGAGGGCUGUGCAGCUUAGCAAACAUCCCCCUCAGUCCUGAGACAGCCCAGGACCAGGAGAGACGGAUCCGCCGGGAAAUCGCCAACAGCAACGAGCGGCGGCGUAUGCAGAGCAUCAACGCUGGAUUUCAGUCGCUUAAGACGCUGCUGCCACACACUGACGGCGAGAAACUCAGCAAGGCGGCCAUCCUGCAACAAACAGCAGACUACAUCUUUACCUUGGAGCAGGAGAAAACCCAGCUUCUAACCCAGAACAACCAGCUGAAGCGCUUCAUCCAGGAAUUUAGCGGCUCGUCACCCAAAAGGAGGCGUGCUGAGGAGAAGGAUGAAGGGAUCGGGUCCCCGGACACGCUGGAGGAGGAGAAGGUGGAGGAACUGAGGAGGGAGAUGAUCGAGCUGCGGCAGCAGUUAGACAAGGAGCGCUCUGCCCGCAUGCAGCUGGAGGAGCAGGUGAUCUCAGCUGUGCGGUCGCUGGAUGGCCAGCUGCAUCCGGAGCGUCUGAAGGUGAUCACCCAGCAGGUGGAGGAGGAGCAGGCACUCAUCCAGAGCCAGACGCUGCUGCGGCUACAACAGAUCCACGCCGCCGCUGCUGAAAGACAGACACACAGUCCUCAGGUGCUGGCUCCACCCACUCCGCCUGCCCCCACCCACCACCCCACGGUCAUCGUCCCUGCUCCAACACUAAACCAGCACCACCACGUCACCGUGGUGACCAUGAGCCCUUCUGCCCACACCAGCACGGUGUCCACUUCCAGACAGAACCUGGACACCAUUGUGCAGGCCAUCCAGCACAUCGAGCGUACUCAGGAGAGAAGGGCCAGCGUGGAGGACGAGCAGAGGAGAGCCGUCAUCGUCAGCCCCACCCACGUCGCCAUGGACACCGCCUGCUCAGACACAGACACGGACACAGAGGGCGAAGACUGUUUGAUGAACUGAGCCGCCCCAAUGAACUCGUGCCGCCCCCGCUCCACCACACGCGCACAAACACUUAAAACACCUACUCACUGUAAGAUUCCCUCCAGGAGCUUGACUACUCUCGUAAAUCUGUCCUUGGCAUUACCUAAACUCCUAAAUCCAGUGGUUUAAGCUCUGCGUCAGGUCUUGUACUGUAAUUUUUCUGAGUAUUGAAGAGGUAGGAGGGUCAGCGUGCAGAGGAAGAUCUGUAGGAUCUCUACACUCUGCAGCCACUUGAAUAAUCCAACGUUUUUCUAGUGAGGGGGAAAAAAAAAACCAAGCUGUCGGCCAAUCAUGUUUAUUCCUUGUGCUUCUCAUGCAGCCACAGCGCCAUCAUAGCCCAUCUUCUGUCACUAUAACAGUGUAACUACAAUCUAAUGGAGUCGGUUUAUCACAAAGUUGAAGGUAACUGUAAAGUAAACGAGGAGAUUCCUUAUUAAGAUGCAAAACAAGGAUUUGUUAUUUGUUUCAAUAUAUUUUUAGUGGCUGUGAAUUAAUUAAGCUAGUAUAAAUUUCAGAAUUUGAAGAUAUACAAACUCUGAUUUACUUGAAAAAGAAGCUGUUUUUCUAACUCUAAACAAGCCCUUGGAAAUAAGCUGAAUGCCUUUUCAGGUCUUUCAGUUUGGUGGUUUAUUUGCUUUGUGUCAGGGUCACCAAAAGCUGAAGGUUACUAUUUUUUAUAAUUUAAAAAAACAACUUAAAAGACUUUUUUUUUUUUUUUUUUUACCACUUAGAGCUUCUUUCUUUAUUCUCAUAAGAAGGGGAGGGGGGGGCACCAACAUGUUUUUAACUUGAUAUCAGCGCAUCGUCUAAAAACAUUAUGGUGCAGCUUUUUUUUUUUGUAAAUAUAGGAUCAAUCCGAGACAGUUUGACUGAAUCAUCUUUUGAAUCUGCAAAUAUUUCCAAUAAAUUUGGAAGCAGAUGGGCAUAAAUCGCUUCUCCAGCAUUUCCCCCAAUAGGCCUGGAUCCACCAUCUGGUCUCAGUGACUAUGCACUAGAGAUGUUGGGAUUUAUGCAAUUCCAUCUUUUGUACUUCUGUCCUUGUUUCUUUUAUUUUAUUUUUUUGUGGUUGCCAUCAUUAAUCCAUACGGCUAAAGUUCUCAAUGCACCGUGUUUGAAACUUGACACGUUUAAACGGAAGAAUGUAGUACUUAGGAGGUGUUUGUUUUCAAUCAUCACCACGGUGAUCUGCAGCGAGCUGAGGCCAAACAUACCUGCAAAAAGUCCCUUUUUCUUGGUCUUUCUUGCAUAUUUAAUUUCUCUAAUUUUACUUUGAACUCAACAACAGAGGAAAUAGAUUUAUGGGGUUUACAUUGCAAAAUUUAUACAAUAACUUGAUAGAACCAGCAAUAGAUUCUCGUGAUCUGAUAUAGCUAAAAAUGAUACAGUGUCACAGUUUUUGCACAUUUUCUUUUCUUUAACAACAGCAACAAUUCCUGCUGCUGAGAUGUGCAAGCUGUCCUUAUGCCAGCUUUCUGGCAGGGCACAGAAACGGGUGGGGGUGGACUGCUGUAUACUCUGUGCUACAUUUGCAAAGUCUAAAAAAUUGUUUAGUUAGACUAAAACGAGUAGAAAUCCCCUCCUGUA